AGUGCUUCGAGAAUGUUUUUUUGUCAUCAAUAUGAUGAACGGUCAUAGGAAAAGCUUACUGUCAUUUCUUCUGGGAAAGAAGUUCAACUUCAAUAACAGCUUUGGAGGUGGAUCGAGAAAAGACUAUUAUACUAUUCAAGUAGAAUUUCAAGUACAAAGUAGAAAGAUGGCCUCCACACGAGCAGGACAACAGCUACCGAAGACUAAGGAAGCUGCAGUUUUUGAUCGACUGCACAACAUUCACGAAGGCAUUAACAGUUCCGAGCAGAGGCAAUCCGGCUCUGGUGAGGCAAGUUCCCGACAUCAAAUAGGUUUGAAAAACGAUCCUGGCCCACCGAAGGAACUGUUCUCCGAUAAUGAUCCUGCUACGACGAUAAAAGGUUGCGGCUUCAAGAAUCGGGAAGUUGCUCUACUAACGAUCCACCUCUCAGGACAGCCGGGAUGCAGGUACAAGCAGUAUUGGACAGGCCGAGCCAUGUUCGAGCGAGCCCAGAGACAUCCGCACCAGACUGAAGGAAUGAGAGAAGCAGCAUUGGUUUUUAAGGAAUGGAUGGAAAAGAGAGCGGCCGUAGGCACUGGAGGCUCUACUUCAGGGGCAACAGCCUCCUCUGCAGACCGCCGAUCACUUAAUCGCAGCACCGGUAGCGAAGAUGACUAUAGACUUCAUUUUGAUGUAGCAGCCAGGAGAGAAAAGCGAUUUCUUGGUGUGGGUGCCAUUCAAGUUGGUGAGAGGAAAGUAGAUGCGGAGGAGAGUAUCUCUAUCCAGGUGGAAGGCGGUCGAGAAAAUACUGCCUGGCCAACGGAAGUUGAGGAGCGUUCGCAAAGACAGGUAUUGAGCGGUUCCUUCGCAAAUGCACAUGCGAAGAGGAAUUGUGAAUCAGAAGCGGAAUUCAAUGCCUAUGCGCGAAAGGAUAAAGCACAAGCUGCGAAGAAAGUGAAAGAGUGCUUAAUGAGCCUAGCUUCCAAUAAGCGAAAAUCUUCAAGUUCAAGUUCCACGAAUUCUUCUCCGAGUUUCCGAUUUCCGGUCACUGAGUUUGUGGCUCUUUUUGGCGGACCUGGCGAGCACGGGUAUGGAUGGCAUACUUGUGAUCAGGCUGAGCAAAAUGGACUACCAGCCUUUCGGUGUUUGUGUGGUUAUCGGGGCUUACAUACAGUAGCUGUUUCCAGCACUGCGCUCGGGAUAGCAAGUCUAAGAUCGGUAGAUCUUCAGGGGUUCAUAUUCACACAUAUACUCGGAUUGCCAGCGUCACUGCCUGUGAAGGCGUUUACGUUGCAAUAUGAUGGUAGGGAAGAGGUCGCUACGAUUUUGGAAUAUGCUUUGAAAAACGAUGCAGGUGAUACGGGCAAGAACUUCGACGGAAACCAAAGCACCUCUCAGGCUCCUGUUCACCAACCGUCUCUAUUGAGCUUCGCUUGCUUUAAGAGGCCGGCUGCGGAGGACACGAGUGAUGUUGUCGAUUUGAAACGGGCACGGCCCGAUAGCACAAGAGAGGCUAUAAAUCCCCAUGAAUCUUCUACAGAAAAUAGGACAAGGACUUUCUCAAAGUCAAACUCAAGAGAUGUAAUUGUGAUUGAGUCCUCCUCGGAGGAAGAGGGCGAACAAUCUUAAAGUUGAUGAC